AAUUACUAGAUUUUGAACAUGUGACUAUAAAGCUGGAUCCUUAUCCGCCCUUGCAUUUGUUGCAAGGUCUGUAGCCUACGAAGUAAUAUAUGAGUCAAUGCUCUAUAGCUUUUAUAGCGGUAGCUUUUGGAAUAGUUACCCAGCGCUAAAAGACAUGCGCAUUGAUGGCGCUAGCGUCGCUCGUACGCGGCGCAGCGCCGGGCCGCAGUCCCGCGCGCGCCGCCGCCCCCUAUAUACCUGUCUACGCGUCCACCUGUCUCAGUGCCCGUAUAACACCAAAACAACCAUGCCUUCACCUUCUUAACUUAAAACAGUGCUAACACCCGUUCAAGUGACCAUAUUGGAUAUAACCACAUACUGAACUGCAAAGUGAACCGGUUGAAAUUGUGGAAUGCGGCAAUAUUAACUACACUGCAGACUCCUGAAUCUGGACCUCUCACCCCUUAAGUUGCCGGCGACGGAGGCAGUUGCUAGUGAUGCAUCAACGAUGAGUCGCCGCGCGCGGCCGUGACAUGGGAGCGCAGGCAUGGGCUGGCGCGCCGUGCACACGCCGCACAUCGCCGCCGGCUUGCUGCUGCUGCUGCUGGUACACCUGCCAGUAACGUGCCACCAGGAACACCAGGAUGCAGUGCACAUCACCGCGAUCCUGGGCGAGAGCGUCGUGUUCAACUGCCAGGUGGACUUCCCCGAGGAUGUCCCCGUGCCGUACGUGUUGCAGUGGGAGAAGAAGGUAGGCGAAACGGGACAAGACAUCCCGAUCUACAUCUGGUACGAGAGCUACCCGACGCACAGCGGGGAGGGCUACGAGGGCCGAGUGUCGCGCGUGGCGGAGGACUCGCCCUACGGCGCCGCGAGCCUCAACCUUACCAACAUUAGGGAGUCGGACCAGGGCUGGUACGAGUGUAAGGUGGUGUUCCUCAACCGGUCACCGAACCAGCACAAAAAUGGCACCUGGUUCCAUCUCGACGUGCACGCGCCACCGCGCUUCUCCAUCACACCGGAAGACAUUAUAUACGUUAAUUUAGGGGACGCGAUAAUCCUGAACUGCCAGGCGGAGGGCACGCCCACGCCCGAGAUCCUAUGGUACAAGGACGCGAACCCCGUGGAGCCGUCGGGCACCGUGGGCAUCUUCAACGAUGGCACCGAGCUGCGCAUCAGCAACAUCCGCCACGAGGACAUAGGGGACUAUACGUGCAUCGCGAGGAACGGCGAGGGCCAGGUGUCGCACACAGCGAGGGUCAUCAUCGCCGGCGGGGCGGUCAUCACGAUGCCACCAACGAACCAGACGAAGUUAGAAGGCGAGAAAGUGCAGUUCUCCUGCGAGGCCAAAGCCCUGCCCGGGAACGUGACAGUGAAGUGGUUCCGCGAGGGCGCGCCCGUGGCCGAGGUGGCGGCGCUCGAGACCCGCGUCACUAUUCGAAGGGAUGGUGCGCUUGUCAUAAACCCUGUGGCGGCUGACGAUUCGGGGCAGUACCUCUGCGAGGUGUCCAAUGGCAUUGGAGAUCCGCAGAGCGCAUCUGCGUACCUCAACGUCGAAUACCCAGCAAAGGUGACAUUCACGCCAACAGUCCAAUACCUGCCCUUCCGUCUGGCCGGCGUGGUCCAGUGCUACAUCAAGGCCAACCCCCCUCUCCAAUACGUCACCUGGACCAAGGACAAGCGCCUCCUGGAGCCCUACCAGACCAAGGACAUAGUGAUCAUGAACAACGGGUCGCUGCUGUUCACGCGCGUCAAUCAGAAUCAUCAGGGGAGAUAUACUUGCACACCGUAUAAUGCGCAAGGCACGCAAGGAUCUUCAGGACCGAUGGAAGUAUUAGUGCGGAAACCACCAGCAUUCACAGUAGAGCCAGAACCCUUGUACCAAAGAAAGGUGGGCGAGAGUGUGGAGAUGCACUGCGAGGCGCAGGAGGCGGAGGGCACGCAGCGGCCGACGGUGGCGUGGCGGCGGCGCGACGGGCUGCCGCUGCAGAAGUCGCGCGUGCGCGCGCUGGGCGGGAACAUCACCAUCGACACCCUGCGGCGCCAGGACUUCGGCAUCUACCAGUGCGUCGCGGCCAACGAGGUGGCAACGAUCACAGCGGACACCCAGCUGGUGAUCGAGGGCACGCAGCCGCACGCGCCGUACAACGUGACGGGCACGGCCACGGAGUUCCAGGUGACGCUGCGCUGGCAGCCCGGCUACGCGGGCGGGCCGGACUACAAGCAGGACUACACCAUCUGGCACCGCGAGGCCGGCUUCUCCGAGUGGACCAAGGUGCCCGUCACGCCGUCCGGCGCCACCACGGUAACAAUAAACCGCCUACAACCAGGAACGACGUACGAAUUCCAAGUGAACAGCAAGAACACGAUCGGAGAAGGGAUGAUGAGCAAGGCGAUCACUAUUCGGACGCUCGAUGUGGGCGCCAAGCCGAAGCCGGCGCCCACGGCGGCGGGCCCGCCCGACGAGAAGGUGUUCCCCACGGCGCCCGAGGCUACCGGUCCAAAAUCGGGUCCACCCCGCAACCUGACAGUCACAGAAGUCCACAACGGGUUCCUGAUCACGUGGCAGGCGCCGCUGGAGCGCGCGUCGCUCGUGCAGUACUACACCAUCAAGUACCGCACCGACGCGCACUGGAAGACGCUCAACCGCGGCCAGAUCCGCCCUGAGGAGACCAGCUACCUCGUGAAAAACCUAGUGGGCGGUCGCACAUAUUACUUCCGCGUGCUAGCCAACUCGGCAUCCAGCUUCGAAAGCUCCGAAGAGGUGAAGUUCCCAGUCCCAGCCCGCGUGAAGCACAAGGCCAUCACGGCGGGGGUGGUGGGUGGUAUCCUGUUCUUCAUCGUGGCCAUCAUCCUGUCGGUGUGCGCGGUGAAGAUCUGCAACAAGCGCAAGCGACGCAAGCAGGAGAAAGCAUACAACAUGGUAGCGGCGCGGCUCACGGAUCUGCGAGCCCAUGACAGCACUCAAGUGCCUUUUAAGAAAUUUAGUGAACGCGGAAUAUCGAGUUUAGUGCAGUGUUUGCGGCUGACGGCCAACUGGGUGUGGCCCGCGUCGCGCUGCGGGCGCGGGUCGCGCGGCUACUGGGCGCCGUCGCUCGGCUCCCUGCCCCCGCCCUCCCCCGGCCCCCCCUCCCCGUCCCCCUCCCCCUCGCUCGCGCCCUCCUCCUCCGACGACGGCGGCUUCCUGCCGCGCCUGCGCGCGCCGCUGCAGCCCGCCGCCGCGCCGCCGCUGUUCCGCGCCUCCUCGCCCGCCCCCUGGCCGCCCUGGCCGCCGUGGCCGCCCUGGCCCACGUGGGCGGCCGCGUGGACCCCCUGGUCGCCGCUCCACAUCUCGGACCUCAGCUCCGUGCCUUUUCCGAGCUCCGCCGAGGGCUCGUUCCCGACGCCGCCGUCGCCGUUCCGGCCGCGCGCGCGCCCGGCGGGCGUGGCGGGGGCGACAGGCUGGCGGCCCGGGCCCGCCGCGCGCCGCCACCGGCCUCGCGCGCCCGCCGAGCCGCCGCCGCCGCCCCCGCACGAGGCCUCGCCCGAGAGCCGCUCCUCGUCCAGCGGCUUCGGUAGCAAGAACGCGUCGUCGUCCGCGCACAACCGCAGCAGCCGCGCCGGCAGCCUGGCCGAGUGGCGGCCGCCGCCGUACCGGCCGCCGCCGCCGGCGCCGGCGCCGCGCCCGGGCUCGGCGGCGGACGCGGGCUCGGUGGACGUGCACUACGAGUGGGACCGCGCCACGCGCACGCCGACGCCGUCCACGCCGGAGCGGCGGCCGCGCGCGCGCGACGACGUGGAGGCGCGGGUGCGCGCCAUGAAGGAGGAGUUCCUGGAGUUCCGCAAGCGGCAGGCGCUGCGGCGCCGCUCGCCCGAGCCGCCCGUGUCGCCGCUGGCGGUGUACCCGCUGUCCCCGCUGUCCCCGCUGGCGCCGCUGUCCCCGCUGGCGCCGCUCGCCACGCUGGCGCCGGCGCCGGCCGAGAGCGUGUGCUGACCCGGAACAUCUUCGGUCCCGUUCGCCCGGGACGCCGACCGGCCGCGAGUCCCACGGCUCGUUCGUGACGCUUAGAUGAGUUACGUAGAUACUUCCUUUUUCGACUCGGACGUCGAGCCGGAUAUAUAGAAAGAAUGGGCACAAUCACGAUUCUUCCGACAAUUAUCGCCUCGAAUGUAGUCGAGGCCCGAGUUUUACUCGAUCGAGGGGCAUUCCGGGUUAUGAUUUGAUACGUUCGUAUUAUUACAUAGAGUAAAGAUCCCACCUCGGCCCCGGCGCGUGCGCGGGGCCCUAGAUGUCUAACAUAGCUCUUAGGGAACGAUGACUCCAGUCUCUCGAAGCAAAUGACUGCUAUAAUUAAAGUACAUAUGUAGAAAGUGGAUGCCGUGGCGCUUUGCGUCCGCCCCGCUCGCCCGCCUUUAUCAAAACGAAUCGUCAAUUACUUUUCUAAAAAUCUCAUAUCUGUGGACAUGUUUUUACUUUCUGAAAAUACUAAAUGAAAACCUUAAGAUUUCUGAGAUUUUAAAAUUAUACGAAAAUUACAUAGGCUCACAAUGGGAAACCUAUCUCGUGGGCGCGUACCACACGUGCCAUAUCGGGCGCGCGGGGCGCGCAGCGUCCGCCUAAACGCUUUAGGUAUGGGCGGGUAGCAUCCACGACGCCGCUCAUACCAACAUUAUAUUGUAGUUAUUAUUGUAACUAAGGAUAGAUUACGUUGUAUAUGCGAGCGAGCGCGGUCGCGGCCCCCCGGCGAGCGGCCGCGCUCGCUCAUUUAUAAAAUAUGAACAAAGUAAUUUUAAGUAGGUUUUUAGUCGUAACGUUCAAAAGUUUCAAAUUAAACUAUGUUUCGUAUUCUCAAAUUUAUAAUUAUUUCAAGUACAAAUUUAUUGAUUAUAUUAUUUAUGUACCUACGUUAUAUAAUUUUUAAACUCUGUACAUAUGUAAAAAAACAUAAGUAGAUAUUAUAUCUUGUACACUUAUUUAUUUAUACGGUAAGGUUCUGUCUGAGGACGCGGAGAGCCCGCGAGGCCGGGUGUCGGUGUCGGCGCGAGGCCGAGAGUCGGCGCGAGGCCGACGGCGACGACCGGGUGUUGGAGUCCAGUCAAUUGAUUUGUAUAUUUUCCAUAUCCCGGCGUCAGACCUGUCUGACUUAACAAAUACACUGAGGCAUCGUAAUUAAUCGGUUCCUGGAGCGAUCCCACCUAUAGUUGACCAGUCAUAGCCAAGACUGUUUAGAGUUACGUUUGUUAUUAGUUAAUUCCUAUCGAUGAAUUUUUGUUAUAAUUUCGCAUAAUGCACUCUUUUUGUAGAUCUUGUAAUGCAGACGUUUUGUUAAUGAUACGAAUUUCGUAUUAAGGACCUCCUAAUAAAUAAGAAUAAAAAUGUACGCUUUAAAGAAAUUGAAAUAAAAUAACUCGUAAAGUAAUAGAUAGGUAGUUACAAUAAGGUGUAGUUAUGUAUAUGCGUGCAUGGAGCGUCUCGUGGGAUCAUGCGGCGCCGGCGUCCGGGGCCCGCGCCGGGCCGGACCCGGGCCCGAGCCGGGCCGAACCUGGACCCAAGCCGGGGACGGAUCCGGGCGGGCCGCGAACGUGCCGGCGCCGACGGACGCAUCAUUAGUUCACUGCCGAUGACGAUUUAGGAUGUAAGAUACGUAUAACGACACUCGGUAGAAGUUCUUUUUUAUUUUCUUACAUGGUUCGAUAGGUAACCCCAGCCAUAGCGUUACACUUAGAGUAAUAGAGUCGACAAUUUGUGCAUUACAUUAAUCCACGAUCAAAAUAAUUAAUGAUAUUUUAAAAAGUGCUCAAUUUUUUCGACUGACCAACUGUAAUAUUAUUGAUAAUAUUUUGAGUCACGAUGUAUUUAGCACGAAUUUAAGGAGCGACGUAGGUUCAUAUUGUUCGCGGCGAUAUUUAAGCGAUGUACUGUCUAGGAGAGGAUAGCUGUAAUAUUUCGAGUUGCCGAAACUCUGGGCAAUGCCUAGAUUAAUGUGACGUGAAUUCAAUUAUUUACCGCAUAACGAACCUACUGCACGCGAUCAUGAUAGUUAUUCUUUUAGGUAUACAGUAUACUUACACGACACGUAUAGACAGUUCAGUCUCGAGUAGUUAGAAGUUUAUUUUAUCUUGCUCUGACUUUUAUUCGCCUAAACUUUACACGGAAAAAAAGAUAAAUAAAGUGUAAAAUUACAGUAACAAAGGAGCCGUUUUUGCCUCGCGCGUUUGGCACUUCAAUUAUAACGCGUGCGAUAGUCACCGGCUCACCGGCGACGUAUGUAUUGCUUGGUUAUUUCUUAUACAUUCACGUAAUAAAUAUACCUAGAUAUAGCUCAAAAACCAUGUGAUAUCUAGUCUUUUCCAUUCCCUAUUAUGUCCUUAAUUCGUUUACAAUUAAUAUGAUAUUAACGUAGUGUACCGUACUGUACUACUUAAUUUCUCGGGAAGGCCUACUACACGUACAGUGUAACAUUAUGUAUUGGUAGUCAAAUGUUAACUACCGCUAACGACAGGUGUUAUCUCUAGGUACCGCUGUUGGGGCACUAAAGUUAUCUAUUACGCAGAGCACACAACUUCAAGACUUACCUAAUAUUAUUUUUCUUAAAAACGUAUAGCGAUGUCACGAGGUAGUAUUUCGAAGCAUAAACUAAAGUCAUUCGAUAUUUCUAUAGACUAAAAUGAAAAAGAUAGCAAUAUAUUAGACUAAUAUAUCUAAAUCGUAUAUAUCGGUUUAUAUAAUGACAGUAAUAUGCGUGCACAUUGGCGAAAUGUAACGCGGAGAAAAGAGGGGCACCCCAAACGUAAAUAAAUAAAGAAUUAAGGCAUUUGCACGAUAUCUCAGCACAAUACAUGAUAAAUAAUACUCUAUUAUUCAAAAUAUCAUUCCAACAGCACGCAAUUAAGAUAGGUAUACUCCAACAAACCACAAUACGAAUACGAACGAGUGGAAACAUCUACUUGCACAAGCCACCUUUUUAUAAGUCGAUCGAAAUAACCAUUAUUUUCGUUUUAGAAUAUUUUUAGUUCGUAAGUGUUGAGAUCAUGUGUUUACUGUGUAAGCACAAAAAGGAUUCAAUUCAAAAAUAAAAAAUACAAUAACGUUGCUAUAAUUAAA